UUUCGCACUUUGACGUAAGAGAAACUUUAUUUCCUACUUCCUGGUCUAAAGUAAACUCUGCUGCUCAUGAUCAAUGGAUCAACUUUAUGUAAAAACGCUGUAAAUAUAUUCAGAAAUGAAUACACACGCAACUUUAUCAAACAUCAGCUUCAGCUUUUCUUCUUAAACGCAGAAUUUAACAAUGGCAGAUCCAAGCCGACCUCAACGCAAGCUGUCCAGAGCUGGAGAGAGUUUAUACAAGACAUUAGGCCUGGAGAAAGGAGCGUCAUCUGACGAUAUUAAGAAAGCAUACCGAAAACUGGCGCUGAAGUAUCAUCCAGACAAGAACCCCAACAACCCAGAAGCGUCAGAGAAGUUCAAAGAGAUCAACAAUGCCAACACCAUCCUCCACGACGACACCAAAAGAGAGAUCUACGACAAGUACGGCUCCAUGGGCCUCUACGUCGCAGACCAGUUCGGAGAGGACAGCGUUAAAUACUACUUCCUCAUGAACAAGUGCUGGUUUAAGACGCUCCUUGCGUUAGGGAUGCUCUUCACGUGCUGCUGCUGCCUCUGCUGCUGUUGUUUAUGCUGUGGAAAAUGCGGCGCUUCAGAGCACGAGGAAAACUUUCAGUAUGUGGAUCCGGAUGAGCUGGCGGCAGAGGAGGAGAACAGAGGCAAUGACACAGUAAUAACAGGACAGCCUAUUCCCUGUCCAGAGCCUGGAGAUUCCGGACACCCUGUGUUUGUAGGAAUGCCCAUUCCUGAAAAGUCAGAUAGAGACACUGCUAUACUGAUCGCUCCAGAAGCACACAGCAAAUGACAACCUGAAGAUUUUCCUCGUCCUAGAAACGAGGACACUGCUGUUGAAAUGUGUUUCAGUGGAAGGCUUUGUGUUGCACACGGUGUCUGUGCAGUAUAUGUGGAUCGUUCGAUCUCCACGCAUAAUGCUAUUUCUGUUUACAUCAUUUUAUAAUUGCUUGAUUUUUAUUGCAAAGACACUUUUUCUAAUGCUUCUUCGAUGAGGCACACAGAUCAGAU